AUUUAACUCAAAGAAAUGGCCAACGAUAUUGUAGCGAGUCUUGAUAACAAUAAGCUGGAGGCCUUCCGAAACCUAAACCUUCUCGAGCAGCAUCGCAUCGAUAGCUUCAAGGAUUGGCCAUUUCCCGAGCAAUCUACGUGCAGCAUUUCAAAGAUGGCCGAAGCUGGGUUUUAUUGGACUGGCACGAAGAGGGAGAACGACACAGCCACCUGCUUUGUUUGCGGAAAGACGCUUGAUGGCUGGGAAUCCGAGGAUGACCCGUGGUCGGAGCACCGCAAACACGCUCCACAGUGCGAGUUCGUCAAGAUGGGCACGGCCGAAAAGGACUUGUCCAUUUCUCAAUUCCUCCUGAUCCUGGGCACCGUCGUCAAGGGAAAUAUUCAGAAAAGCUGCAAGACAUUUAAACAAAAGUUUAUACGAGACAACGAGGACCGCAAGGAGGAGUUUGUGCAUCCGUUGAAAUAGCCCGCAUAUAUUUUUAUUUGAACAAUUACCACUACAUAGGUGACUAGAAUAAUAGUAAACAAAGCAAAAUUAAUAAAACUGGGUGGCAACGCCAACAAAAA